GACGAAUCUGAAGGGAAAAAAGUUGAAAAACAACAAAACAAACAAACAUCAGAGAAGAAGAAAGAUCAACAACAUGGCGGCGGGCGGAGGACCGGCUGUAACAGCGAGCUGUGUGUAAACAUCAGGCCGGCCUGAGAGCGUCUAUUCGCGGGGAGACCGCAUGAAGCAGCCCGGGCUGCGAGGCGAGCAUCAAGGCCGCUGAGACCGUCAACACCCGCAGAGCCAUGACAGAUGCAGCCGGAGAGUCCGAGCGGAGCGGCCGGGGGCAGGCUCCGGGAGGAGACGGUCGGUCCCCGGCUCCAGGAGGAGGAGACGGUCGGUCCCCGGCUCCGGGAGGGGACGGUCGGUCUCCGGGUCCGGGAGGCGGCGGUCGGUCUCCGGGUCCGGGAGGCGGCGGUCGGUCCCCGGCUCCGGGAGGAGGCAGUUGGAAGAGACAUAUCGUCCGUCAGCUGAAGCACCGAGACCUGAACCAGCACGACAUGUUCCAGGACCUGAUCCGCUUCUACACUCAGCUGCUUCAGAGAACCUGUCUGACUAAAGGCAUCCUGAGCUGCUCUGUCAGACAGCCCUCCUGUGACAGCAGCAGCAGCUCCAUCUCCUCUCUGCUCCUCCAGAACGACCAGCUGAAGAAGACGACAGGCGAGUUGGCCUAUCAGCUGCUGGAGCUGCAGCAGCAGAUUCAAAUCAAACAAUGUGUCCUGGAGGAGCAGCGAGCCAGGCUCGGCGAGGAAGAGCGUCGGCUGGCGGGUGCGUUCGAUGUCCGUCAGGAGCUGCAGGGGCGGGUGGAGCGGGUUCAGGAAGAGAACGGGGCAUUGAAGACGGAGUACGACGCCCUGCUGGAGCGACAGAGACGGGCCGAGUCGAGUCUGAGGGAGGAGAAGGUGAAAGAAGGACACCUGCUGGAAGACAUGAUCCACCUGAAACAACAAGCCGCCGCUCGCAUGAACAGCCGCAACGAGAGACGCUCCAGAGCUCGAGAAGCUAACCUGCGGAAAGAGCUGCAGACGGCUGCCAGGUCAAAGGUCACCAUCGACAGCUCGUCCAGCGCUCCGACCUCCAGAUCAACGUCUCCAAAGAACGAGUCCACCGAGAGACAACACACCCGCCUCUUCAGGUCAGCGUCAGCGACGUCACCGAGGAUCCUCAAGUCCAUCAAAGAGCUGUUUGACAGGAAGAGGCGGGGUCACUCUGUCUGCAGUCUGGAGGAGGAUCUGUUGUGUCCAGUAGGAAUCUGUCUGUCAGCCAGAGUCCCUGUUAGAGCUCUGCAAGUCCUGGAGGCCCAUGAGCAAGGCAUUAACGCUGUGAGGUUCAGCCGCAGCUCGGACCUGCUGGCCACCGGAGGAACAGACCGAGUCAUCAAACUGUGGGAGGUCCGAGCAGGCUUGCUGACCCACAGAGCGACUCUGGACGGCAGCACAGAGGGCAUCACCUGCGUCGAGUUUGACCCAACAGGUUUGAGGAUCCUCGCUGCGUCAUACGAUAAGUCAGCUUUGUUGUGGCGCCUGGAUGACUCUGUUCCCAAGCUGACUCUGACAGGUCACAGCAGGAAGGUGACGGCAGCGAGGUUCAGUGGUCUUCAUCAGGUGGUGACGGGCAGCGCAGACAGAACCAUCAGACUAUGGGACCUUCAGAGAGCUGCCUGUGUCCAGGAAGUUGAAGUGGCGUCGUACUGCAGUGACCUGGUCUGCUCUGAAAACUGCAUCAUCAGCGGACACUACGACUCCAAGAUCAGAGUCUGGGACACCAGGACUGUCAGCUGCGUUCAGGAGCUUCCCGCUCAGGGUAAAGUCACGUCAUUGGACAUCAGCUCCGACCAGCGCCAGCUGCUCAGCUGUUGCCGUGACGACUGCCUCCAGCUGGUCGACCUGAGGAGGCGGAGCAAUGACCGCAUGUGCUUCAGAGCUGACGGCUUUAAAUGUGGCAGCGACAGCACCAAAGCUGUGAUCAGUCCAGACGGCUGCUUCCUGGCGGCCGGAUCAGCAGACGGCACCGUCUACAUCUGGAACGUCACCAACGGCAACCUGGAGACACGCCUACUAGACAAACACAGCUCGUCCAUCAGCGCCGUGUCCUGGUCUCUGUCCGGCGAGUAUGUCGUCAGCGUGGACAAGAGUAGGCGGGCCGUCCUCUGGAGUGACAUCUGAAACAGCCGAUCCACGAGUUCAUGUUGUCAUGGCAACACCUCAGACAACACGCCUCACCCGGCCACAAAAAACUGAUGUGAGAGCAGCGUGUUAAAGGGAACAUUUUACAUUUGUUUUAUGAGUUUGAUGGACUAAAGGGAUGAAGAAUUUUCCUGCCUGCUGAAUUUGAACAGGUUUAUUUAACAUUAACAGAGAUUAACAAGUUUUUUACCAACUUUAAGCUUCUUGCACUGAAUCAUCAACAAACAAAGCAAAACUGCAGCAAAAACAUGGAUACUAAUCCGCUAGCUGAUAUUAGCAUUUUGCUCAAAACACAGCUGUGCAUAAACACAGACUCGUCUUCCUGUAGAGAGAAAACAUGGCUGCCGUCUGCAGAUAUUGCAAAAAAAAAAGAUCAUUUUAAAAACGUAACCCAGGUUUUUUCAGAAUCAUCCAAUAUCAACAGUUUUUUCUGGGAUUCCAGUCAUCAGGCAUCAUCAUCUAUUGAUUAUUGGGGGCAAUAAAAUAAAACCAUCAAUCAACAAAACAGGAAACGACUCCCGCCGCCAUCUGCUCUCUGCAUGUGAUAUAAAAGAACAAAGAUGUAAAAUGAUAAAAACUCACAAAUUAACAAUAAAAGAAGCUUUAAAAGAA